AUGGGUUGCGCAGCCAGUGCUGGCGAUAAAGUAGCGGCAGCCAAAAGCAAAGAAAUCGAUAAAAAAAUUAAAUCCGAUGCAGAGAAAGCGGCUAGAGAAGUCAAAUUGUUGCUUUUGGGUGCCGGUGAAUCCGGUAAAAGUACAAUUGUCAAACAAAUGAGAAUCAUUCAUGAAAGUGGAUUUUCUGAAGAAGAUCGAGCACAGUAUAAACCUGUUGUGUUCAGUAAUACAAUGCAGUCUAUGGCAGCUAUUAUUAGAGCUAUGGGAGUAUUGAGAAUAGAAUUUGGAGAUAAAACCUCCUUAGUGGGUGAUGCUAGGCGUUUAUUUGAAAUUAUGGAUGCUCCUGGUGUGCAAGAAUUUACUCCAGAAAUUGUAUCACUUUUGAAGAGAUUAUGGUCUGAUCAUGGUGUUCAGCAGUGUUUCAGUCGUUCUCGCGAGUAUCAAUUGAAUGAUUCUGCCCCAUAUUACCUGAAUUCAAUAGAUCGGCUCGGUAAACCUGAAUAUAUUCCGUCAGAGCAAGAUGUUUUACGUACUAGGGUUAAAACGACUGGUAUUGUUGAAACUCACUUUACUUUCAAAGACCUGCACUUCAAAAUGUUUGACGUUGGUGGACAGCGUAGCGAACGUAAAAAAUGGAUACAUUGCUUUGAAGGUGUUACAGCAAUUAUAUUCUGCGUUUCGUUAAGUGCCUAUGAUUUAGUUCUUGCCGAAGAUGAAGAAAUGAAUCGAAUGAUGGAGAGCAUGAAGUUAUUCGACUCGAUUUGCAAUAAUAAAUGGUUUACAGAAACAUCGAUUAUCUUAUUCUUGAACAAGAAGGAUCUUUUCCAAGAAAAAAUUCUCAAGUCACCUUUGACCAUUUGCUUUCCAGAGUAUACAGGUGCAAACACGUAUGAAGAAGCAUCAGCUUAUAUUCAGAUGAAAUUCGAAGAUUUAAACAAAAUGAAAGAUCAAAAAGAAAUCUAUACUCACUUUACAUGUGCUACUGAUACAAAUAAUAUUCAAUUCGUAUUCGAUGCAGUUACAGAUGUAAUUAUCAAGAAUAAUUUGAAAGACUGCGGUUUGUUUUAA